CGACUAUCUGCUCAGGAGUAACAUAAAGCCGAGAACCAUAGCGAUCCUCAAGCUACCCAGUGCCAGCAAGGCAAACACUUCAUGCGAUCGUGCGAUGGCCUUUCUCUGCGCCAUGAUCGAUACAGCCAAAACAAAGUCAAACUCAAAAGAAGAACGUGAACGUAAACAAACCAUGCCGAUGAAGGGCAGCGAUCACAAGGAUAGAUGGGGCCAAUGUCAACCUGCCUCUGAUGUGUGAGGUGAGUGAAAAGGCCCACCAGAGAACUCUCGGCGCUCUUGGGGACUUGGGGUCUCGCUCUCUCGGAUCCAGGCUCUCGUGCGUUGCGCUGGUCUGACUAAGAAUCCCGCCAUCUGCUUACGAACUCUCCUCCAACAAGAUUGCGGUGGCAAAAGAUAAAAACACAGAAUGGGCCAUUUCCACGUGGUUUACCCUGAUUCGCCACGUGUUUUGUCCGGCCGACCCGCGGUGGUGCGGUUGCUUCCGUCUGAGUGCCUGACUCCCCGCGGACCGGCCGUAAGGAAUUCAACCAUCGACAAGCUGCAGCUAUGAUUCGAUUCGUCGCUCAACGUCGUAUAUAACACCAAGCCACCCGCAUGAGAUCGCCCGUUUUCCCUACUUGAUUGACAUCCUCAUUCACCAAUACUUUCAUUGACUUUUCAUAUAUAAUUUCAGCCACCAUGUCGUCGUCCGCCGACACCACCUCGACCAUCGUCCCCCCAUCCCCCACCUCCCCCACCGCUUCCCGCAAGGGCCGUCGGAUAUCCAUACAGGAAGAAGACCGCCCCGCGAAUGAAAAGUUCUCCAACAUCCACCGCUCCCCCACCCAACAUAGUGGCAACACUCCCAUCUACCACGGCACCAACGAUGUUGGCAUCCACCGCACCACCACCUCUGGCUCCCGCCGCGGGCCUCCCGAUCUCGCGUUCCCCUACCUCACCACCGAUAUCUCUCGCGGUGGUAUCACUGAGGAGUACCGAGUAGAGACCAGGGAGGGUUACAUUCCUAUGGAUGAUCCUGAACGGGGUCUCCAGCCCGCCCGGUCGCGUGCUUCGACACUCCAUGGUGACCAGUUUGUUCUCCACGACAAGGAGAAGGGCGGUAUGGGAGACAAGAAGCUGGUGACAUGGCUGGAGAACGACCCCGAGAACCCAAGGAAUUGGAGCAAACUGUAUCGUUGGACCAUCACUGGAAUUGUUUCAAGUGCCGUCAUCCAAGUGGCCAUGUCGUCUGCCAUCGUCACUGGUGACUUCAAAGACCAAGAAGAGUACUUUGGCGUCUCUGCCGAGGUCAUUGCCCUCACUGUCUCGUUGACGGUCUGCGGCUUCGGUACCGGUCCUCUUCUUUGGUCUCCCCUUUCUGAACUUCUCGGCCGUCGUCUCCUCUGGAUGUGCCCCUUUUUGGUGUACAUUAUCUUCAACAUUCCCUGUGCAUUGGCGCCCAACAUCGGAUGUUUGCUUGCCAGUCGAUUCCUCUGUGGUUUCUUUGGUUCUGCGCCCUUGACGCUGGCGGGUGGUGCCAUCGCUGAUAUCUGGGGUCCCGAAGAGCGAGGAUUCGCUAUUGCCAUCUUUGCUGCUGCUCCCUACACUGGUCCUGUUAUCGGUCCCCUCAUCGGUGGCUUCAUCGGCAAAUACGCCGGCUGGCGCUGGAUUUACUGGGUCAACAUGAUCGCCGCUGGUGUUGUCUGGGCCGCUACUCUCACCAUCCCCGAGACCUUUGCUCCCGCCAUCCUCAAACGUCGAGCUCAGAAGAUGCGUCAAGACACCCAAGAUUCCUCUUUCGUGACUGAACAGGAGAUUUUCCGAAAGCCUUUGAACGAGAUCGUCAUCGAGACUCUUGUCAGGCCUUUCGAAAUGCUCGCUACUGAACCCAUUCUCCUGUGUAUGUCCUUGUACAUCUCGCUCGUCUAUGGUCUCCUCUACGCCUUCUUCUUCGCUUUCCCUGUGGUCUUUGGCGAAGAUUACGGAUGGGACGAUGCCAAGGUCGGAUUGACCUUUAUCCCCGUCUUCAUCGGUGUCGGUCUCGCCCUCUGUGUCACCCCAUGGCUCGAAAAGAAGUACACUGCCAAGGGCGACCAGGCCGAGCCUGAAGACCGUCUUCCCGGUAUGCUCAUCGGUGGGCCAUUCGUUCCCAUCUCGCUCUUCAUCUUUGGCUGGACCGCGCCUCCUUAUGUCGCUGCCGGGGGUGGCUCUUGGGUCGGUCCUUGUUCUGCCGGUAUUCCUUUCGGUUUCGGUAUGGUCUUGGUCUACUUCAGUGCGAAUGCCUACCUUAUUGAAGCUUUCCCCGACUAUGUCGCUUCGGCGCUUGCAGCCAAGACUGUCGUUCGAUCAGCUGCCGGUGCCGCCAUGCCCCUUUUCAUCACGCAAAUGUUCCACGGGCUCACCAACGGUGGCGCCGCCUCCCUUCUCGCUGGUGUCGCCGUCAUCAUGGCGCUUAUCCCCUUCGGCUUUGCCAAGUGGGGUAAGCAGAUCCGAGCCAAGUCAAAGAGGGCUGCUAUCUGAUCUGCGCUCUCUGUUUGCUUGGAGUUUUGUGUGUAUCGGGGGUGUGCAUGGACUUUUUAGACGUAGCCAUUCGACAUAUCUCGGUUUUCGAGAUCAUUUCAGAGACAAUGUAGAUACUCUACUCGUACUCCUUCCUUUCCUUUCCGCAUACCUAGUUACUUUACCUAACUUGUGAUAUUAUAAUCCACAACUACCAUCACAUAUGUAGUUUAGAGAAGCAUUUUUUGGUGUUCAAACUCCGUGUUUACGGUCGCCAUGCAAGCUUAUUUGCCAUGCCGUUAUGUGUGUGCAAGAGUUGUCAUCAUACACAAGCCAUGAUUG